AUGUACUCGCAGGGAAGUCCAAUUUUGGGAACCAAUAAUGCUCUGUUGAAUAAUCAUACGAGACUAGGCCUCCACUAUGUUCUCUCUGAUUGUCAGAGCCUCCGUAAGUUGGAGAUUAGAGACUGCCCUUUUGGCGAUGAGGCUCUGUUGGCUAAUGCUGCAAAGCUGGAGACAAUGCGAUCCCUUUGGAUGUCUAAUUGUUCAGUAAGUUUUGAAGCAUGUAAGCUACUAGCCCAGAAGUUGCCAGGGCUUAAUGUUGAAUUUAUAGACGAGAGGGGUCAUCCGGACACGAGACCAGAAAGUUGCCCUGUUGAGAAACUUUAUAUAUACAGGACAGUGUCAGGAAUGAGGUUCGACACUCCUGGUUAUUUUUGGAUUAUUGAUGAAGAUGCAGCAUUGACUCCAUAUAGCAACGGGAAUUGCUCUCUGGCUUCUUCUUAG